GACAUGAGGAAACAUGUCAUCAUGACACUGCUGGACACGGAGCAGUCCUACGUGGAGUCCUUGCGCACCUUGAUGCAGGGUUACAUGAAGCCACUGAAGCAGCCGGAGAACUCGGUGCUGUGCGACCCGUCACUGGUGGAUGAGAUCUUCGACCAGAUCCCCGAGCUGCUGGAGCACCACGAGCAGUUCCUGGAGCAGAUCCAUGACUGCGUGCAGAACUGGCACGAGAAGCAGAAAGUGGGCGACCUCCUUGUGCAGUCGUUCUCCAAGGACGUGCUGGUGAACAUCUACUCAGCCUACAUCGAUAACUUCCUCAAUGCCAAGGAUGCCGUCAGGAUCGCCAAGGAAGCCCGGCCAGCGUUCAUAAAGUUCCUGGAGCAAAGCAUGCGGGAGAACAAGGAGAAGCAGGCUCUGUCCGACCUGAUGAUCAAGCCGGUGCAGAGGAUCCCGCGAUACGAGCUGCUGGUGAAGGACCUGCUGAAGCACACGCCAGAGGACCACCCUGACCAUCCCUACCUCAUCGAUGCCCAGCGCAACAUCAAGCAAGUGGCUGAGAGGAUCAACAAGGGCAUGAAGAGCGCGGAGGAGGUGGAGAGGAACGCCCGCAUCGUGCAGGAGAUCGAGUCCCACAUUGAAGGGAUGGAGGACCUCCAGGCCCCGCUCCGCAGGUUCCUGCGCCAGGAGAUGGUGGUGGAAGUGAAGGCGGUGGGUGGGAAGAAGGACCGCUCCUUCUUCCUCUUCACGGACCUGCUGGUGUGCACCACAUUGAAGCGCAAGUCAGGCUCCCUCCGCCGCAGUUCCAUGAGCCUGUACACAGCAGCCAGUGUGAUCGACACGGCCAGUAAGUACAAAUUGCUCUGGAAGCUACCGCUGGAGGACGUGGACAUUGUCAAAGGUGCCUCGCAAGCCACCAACCGGGAGAGCAUCCAGAAAAGCAUCUCCCGCCUGGAUGAAGACCUCAGCACAUUAGGGCAAGUCAGCAAGCUGGCGGAGACCCUCAGCUUCCCCCACCAGAGCCUGGAUGACAUAAUCAAGGACCUGAUGGCCGCCAUCCACCGGGAGCUGGCAGAGAAGCAAUCCCUGUCCUUCAGCAUGGCCUUCCCCCCCAACAAGGUGGAGCUCACCACCACCAAAGCCGACGGCACCGAGUCCUUCAUCUUUGAGUUCCCCAACCCCGACGCCCGGCUCAGCUUCGAGCAAGCCUUCGAGGAUGCCAAGAAGAAGCUGGCUUCCAGCAAAAACUGCCUGGACCCAGAGUUCCUCAAGGCCAUUCCCAUCAUGAAGACACGGAGCGGGAUGCAGUUUUCUUGUGCUUCUCCCAGCCACGGCAGCCCGGAAAGCUCCCAUGAAGUUUGGGUUUGCAACAGCGAUGGUUACGUGGGGCAGGUUUGUUUGCUCAGCAUCCGGAAGGAACCCACGGUGGAAGCAUGCAUUGCCGUCUGCUCCGCCCGGAUCCUCUGCAUCGCUUCCGUGCCCGGUCUCAAGCGAACAUAUAGCAGGGAGCGUGCCGAGCCGGUGGGCAGCCCCUCCUCGGAAGCGAUGCCAGGGCAGUCGGAGGACGCGGGGCCACAGCCGUGCCUCCACAUCUCCAUCUCGGGAUCGUCGCUGGAGCUCUCGGAACCGGUUGAUGGUGGCAACAGGGAGCUGGUACCCUUCGAUAGCGAUGACACGGAUGACGAGUCCUCACCCAGUCCCUCAGGGACGCUGCAGAGCCAAGCCAGCCACUCCACCAUCUCCUCCAGCUUCGGCAAUGAAGAGAUCCCGAGCUGCAAGGAGGCAACGGCGGAGACGACGAGCUCGGAGGAAGAACAAGAACCUGGUUUCAUGCCCAUCACUGGCACCUACGGCCAAAACCGACACGGCGAGAGCCCCACGGAUGGGCGAGCCCUGCGCCGCUCCAGCCGCGGCUCCUUCACCCGCGGCAGCCUUGAGGACCUCCUCAGCCUUGACCCUGAAGCCCAUCAGAGCUCCAUGUGGUUGGGUACCGAGGAUGGCUGCAUCCAUGUGUACCAGUCCUCGGACAACAUCCGUAACAGGAAGAACAGCAUGAAGAUGCAGCACGCCGCUGCCGUCAUGUGCAUCUUGUACCUGGAUAACCAGGUCUUCGUGUCGUUGGCCAAUGGGGAGCUCAUUGCGUACCAACGAGAGGCAGGCCACUUCUGGGACCCCCAAAACUCCAAGUCCCUAUCCCUGGGCUCGCCGGGGAGCCCCAUCACCAAGAUGGUGGCAGUGGCAGGGAAGCUCUGGUGCGGUUGCCAAAACCGCGUCAUCAUCCUCAACACCACCACGUUGGCGCAAGAGCACACGCUCCAGGUGGGACAGGAUGGUGGGCGCAGUGUCACCUGCAUGGUGAGCGCGGGGACCGGCGUGUGGGUGGCGUUGCAGAGCAGUGCCCAGGUCCGGCUUUACCACGCCACCAGUUAUGACCAGUUGGCUGAAGCGGAUAUCACCCCCCCGGUACACAAGAUGCUCGCUGGCUCGGAUGCCAUAAUCCGGCAGCACAAGGCAGCAUGCCUGCGGAUCACGGCUCUUCUCGUGUGUAAGGACCUGCUAUGGAUCGGGACCAGCGCCGGUGUGGUGCUGACCCUCGCCGUCUCGCCCAAAGCCGCCCCCACGUUGGUGGGACUCUCCCAAGGUCACACUGGUCACGUCCGCUUCCUCACUGCCAUCGAGCUGCCCGAUGGAUUCGACGUCCUCUUCCCAUUGCCAAGGGAGACAGGAGAUGAGAAACCAAGUGAAGCAGAGAAACGAGACCCCUCGCGUCCCCGUGCCCCCGCCCUCGCCCUCUCCAAACCCAAGAUGCUGGUGAUCAGCGGGGGGGACGGUUACGAGGAUUUCCGCCUGACCAGCAGCAGCGAGACGGUGGGCCGGGACGACAGCACCAACCACCUCCUCCUCUGGAGAGCAUGA